UACUAUAACAAAUCCAUCUUUAGAAGAAGUGGCAAACAUGGAACCAUUAUGAGAAAAACUGACAUGUAAGACUUCAUUCCUGUGCUCGCUUAUCACUUCUGAACAAAUUUGUGGAGUAUGAUAAAUUAACCUUUUAAAUUCCAUAUACCAUGAUUUUUUACCUGGAUGAAUAAAAGAAGAAAUUUUUUAUAAACUAUGUGACAAAUUGAAAUAACAAUUGCAGAAUAUAAUAGAAAAUCUGCAUACCAGGAGCAAUAGAUAUGCUAUUACUUAUAUGAAAAUGUCUGUGGAAUAGAUGUUUCCAUAGAACUUCAUCAUACGAUAUUCUACACCAAUUUCUACAUGCCAAUCCAGCUUUUAGAAGUUCAGAGUGGCUUAAAAAAUUAAAAAUAUGUAAUAGGAUAGUAUCAGGUAAAUAAUCCCACAUUCCAUUAUCAUUUGACAGCAGUUGGUUUGAAAUAUCCAUUCUGAAAAAUUAUUUAUAUGAUUUAUUUGUCAUAAUAAAUAAAAUUAUAUGUGAUUAAAUACUGAAAAUAUUCAUGGACAUGCCUCACCAAACCAUAAAUUUACUCAUUUAGGACAUAUUUCAAUAAAUGUGAGCUGGAUUAAUUCUGAAUAAGUAUCAAUUCAAUUCAUCAGCAUAUGUAUUAUCAAAUCAUGUUAUGAAACAAAAUUUAACAGAGUUAAUAACAAUUCCAACAGGGAAACAAUGUAUCAAUUGUCGUCGUAAGUGCAACAGUAAAUGUCACAAUAAUAUCAGCUGAUCAGCCAAAACAACUUUAGUAACCUCAAUGCUACCUUCAUGUAAACAUCUUGCCGGGUUCCCAGAUUCAAUAAACUACAGCAGAACUUAUCACAAACCCAUGUGAGUUGGGUUUAUCUCCUUAUUGGGUGUUAAUCGUUUAACGUUUCUCUCUAUUUCUGUGUUGUAUUUCUUAAUUUCAAAUACCUUAGGUCUUGUGAAAUGCCAGUUUAUCAAGAAAGAAAACCUAAAAUAGUAAUUAAUGAAGAAGAUUUGCCUUAUGAAGAGGAAAUUCUUCGAAAUCCUUUUUCUAUUAAACAUUGGUUAAGGUACAUCGAGUUUAAGAAGGAUGCACCAAGGAAUGGGGUGAACAUAAUCUAUGAAAGAGCAUUAAAAGAGCUUCCUGGAAGUUAUAAACUGUGGUAUAAUUAUUUAAUACUAAGAAAAAGACAGAUUAAAGGACGAUGCAUUACAGAUCCUUCUUUUGAACAUUUAAAUAAUACUUAUGAACGAUCUUUAGUAUUUAUGAAUAAGAUGCCUAGGAUAUGGAUGGAAUAUUGCCAGUUUCUUGUUGAUCAAUGUAAGAUUACUAAAGCCCGUCACGUAUUUGAUAGAUCUUUAAGGGCAUUGCCUAUCACCCAGCACCAUCGUAUUUGGCCUCUUUAUAUAAAAUUCUUAAAAAAACAUAACAUUCCAGAAACUGCAGUCCGUGUAUUUCGAAGAUAUCUAAAGCUCUGCCCAGAAGAUACAGAAGAAUAUAUUGAUUAUUUAACUGCAAUCCAUCGUCUAGAUGAGGCCGCUGUUAGAUUGGCCGAUAUUGUAAAUACUGAUGAUUUUGUUUCAAAGCAUGGAAAAUCAAACCAUCAGUUGUGGACUGAAUUAUGUGAUUUAAUCUCUAAAAAUCCUCAGGAAGUUAGGUCUCUGAAUGUGGAUGCAAUAAUAAGAAGUGGUUUGAAAAAAUAUACUGACCAGUUAGGUCAUUUAUGGAAUUCAUUAGCUGAUUAUUAUAUCAGAAGUGGACUUUUUGAAAAGGCAAGGGAUAUUUAUGAAGAAGCAAUACAAACUGUUACUACUGUCAGAGAUUUCACUCAAGUUUUUGAUGCUUAUGCUCAGUUUGAAGAGCUUUCUUUGAGUAAGAAAAUGGAAGAAGUUUCUCAAAAAGCUUUUCCCACUGAUGACGAUGAUAUAGACAUCGAACUUCGCUUAGCAAGGUUUGAAGAUUUGAUUGAAAGAAGAUUAUUGCUUCUAAAUUCAGUUCUCUUGAGACAAAAUCCUCAUAAUGUUCACGAAUGGCUGAAAAGGGUUCAGCUUUUUGAAGGAAAACCACAUGAUAUAAUUUAUACUUACACUGAAGCUGUUCAAACAGUUGAUCCAAAACUAGCUGUCGGAAAACCGCACAUGCUCUACGUUAAUUUUGCAAAAUUCUAUGAAGAAAAUGGGCAAGUAGAAGAUUCUAGAAUAGUUCUUGAAAAAGGAACACAGGUACCUUAUACUAAAGUUGAAGAUCUCGCAUCUGUGUGGUGUGAGUGGGCAGAGAUGGAGAUUAGAAAUGAAAACUGUGAUGAAGCAUUAAAAAUUCUUCAAAGAGCUACUGUGAUGCCAGCUAGGAAAGUUGAUUAUCAUGAUGACUCAGAAACUGUGCAAAUGAGAUUAUAUAAAUCACUGAAAAUAUGGUCAUUGUAUGCUGAUCUAGAAGAAAGUUUUGGAACAUUCAAAUCUUGUAAAUCAGUGUAUGACAGGAUAAUUGAUCUGAAAAUCGCCACUCCUCAAAUUAUUAUUAACUAUGGUCUUUUUCUAGAAGAACACAAUUAUUUUGAAGAAGCUUUUAGGACUUAUGAAAAAGGAAUUGCUUUGUUCAAAUGGCCUAAUGUUUUUGAUGUAUGGAAUACUUAUUUAACUAAAUUUUUGAAGCGUUAUGGUGGAGGUAAACUUGAGAGGACAAGAGAUCUUUUUGAACAAUGUUUGGAAAAUUGUCCUCCUAAGUAUGCUAAAGGUUUUUAUCUCUUAUACGCUAAAUUAGAGGAAGAACAUGGAUUAGCAAGGCAUGCUAUGGCUGUUUAUGAAAGGGCUACUUCUGCUGUUUUGCCGGAAGAAAUGUUUGAGGUUUUCAAUAUUUAUAUCAAGAAGGCUGCUGAAAUUUAUGGUGUUCCCAAAACUCGUCAAAUUUAUGAAAAAGCUAUUGAAGUGUUAGGAGAAGAUAAUUCAAGAGAAAUGUGUCUUAGGUUUGCUGAAAUGGAAACAAAAUUAGGAGAAAUUGAUCGAGCCAGAGCAAUUUAUGCACAUUGCAGCCAAAUGUGUGAUCCUCGAGUUACUGGUUCUUUUUGGCAAACAUGGAAAGAUUUUGAAGUGCGCCAUGGCAAUGAAGAUACUAUGAGAGAAAUGCUAAGAAUUAAAAGAAGUGUACAAGCUACAUACAACACUCAGGUUAAUAUGAUGUCAGCACAGAUGUUAUCUGCUGCAAGUAAUGUUUCUGGGACAAUUGCUGAUCUUGCUCCUGGUGCUAAAGAUGGAAUGCGCAUGUUAGAAGCCAAAGCAGCUGAAAUGACUGUAACUACGAAAUCUGGUUCAUCAGCAAUAAUGUUUGUAAGAGGUGAAGCCCAGAACACAUCCCAGGAAGUGCAGAAGGAAAUAAUUAAUCCUGAAGCUUUAAAUGUUGAUUCAGAUGAUGAAGAAGAAAACCUGGAGGAUGAUGAUCUGCCUGUUGAAAAGCAGAUUAUUCCUGACGAAGUGUUUUGUGGCCUGAAGAAAGGAAGUGAUUCUGAUUAAAUUUAUUAAGAAUUAGUUUUAGAAACAAAAAAAUAUAUAUAUUUAUGUAUAUACAUAUAA